UGACGUCUAGAUGCUGACAAUCAGUUUCGGUAGAAAGAAUUUCGAAGACACGGCGCGCGAGGUUGGCGGCGCCCGGCCAGGGACGCUUGAUGGCGCCAGCGUCGCGAGUAUAAGAGCCGCGUCCGUGAAGCGGCGCAUUUCAGUAGUGUGGGUGAUCGUAGCGGGAGGAGUGUGGCUCCGCGCGCGGCCGCACCGCGAAACCGUGCCCACUCGCCUCGAUCACGGAACGUCCGCUCGUUUUCACGUCUCGUGCGAAAACAUGGCGGCCAGCGACGACGAGCCGAUGCAUCACUACGAGGUCUUUCAGAACUGUUUCAACAAGAUCGCCAACAAGCAGUCUGAAAAGCCCUUUCAGACGUCGUAUGGUCCCACGAUAGACAACGGAAUGGCGUAUAGCAGUGGUGCAUUCGGUCCUACGGCGGGUGGACCGGGCGGGGGGCCGGGCGGGGGUACAGCACUCCCACCCCCGUCGUGA